AUGUCUCCAUCAUUGACAAUCAGCGGAGUGAACGGUCGGAAGGUUACCGUGCCGACCGGACUUUUCAUUCACAAUGAAUUUGUUCCAUCGUCUACAGGAGAGACAUUAGCCGUGGAGAACCCGUCGACUGGUGAACAGCUCGGAGUAAUCUCGGCCGCUGGGCCUCAAGAUAUUAACAAGGCAGUCAAGUCUGCUAAAGCAGGCUUCGAAGCUUGGAAAGCUGUCUCCAGACCUGCGAGGGCUCGUAUUCUUCUUAAGCUGGCUGAUUUGCUCGAACGUGAUGCUGAGGACCUCGCGUCUCUGGAAGCUGUCGAUUCGGGCACCCUCUUUACCGACUCCAUGGGACUGAAUAUUCCGCAGGCGGUUGGGUGUCUUCGAUACUAUGCCGGAUGGGCUGAUAAGAUCGAUGGAAAGACGCUUGAGAUCGAUGGUGGUAUCGCAUACACUCACCGCGAGCCUUUGGGCGUCUGUGGUGCUAUUGUGCCCUGGAAUGCGCCAUUAAUGAUCACCAUCUGGAAACUUGCUCCGGCUAUCGUUGCUGGUAAUGCUUUGAUCAUCAAAUCAUCCGAGAACUCCCCCCUAUACGCCCUGCGGCUAGCUGAGCUAGUCAAGGAGGCUGGUAUCCCAGCUGGCCUGGUGAAUAUCGUCGCCGGUGACGGGACAAACGCAGGCCAGUCUCUAUCCGAGCACCUGGAAGUCCGCAAGAUUGCUUUCACAGGAAGCGCUGUCGCCGGACGGAAGAUUCUCCAAGCGGCUGCCAGGACGAAUUUGAAGAAGGUGAGCCUCGAGCUCGGAGGUAAGGGGCCGUCGAUCGUAUUCGAUGAUUGCGAUCUUGAUAAUGCACUACUUUGGACCCGUAUCGGCAUCACUGCCAACAACGGCCAGAUCUGUGCGGCUGGAUCGCGAAUCUAUGUUCAGGAUUCCAUCUAUGACCGCUUCAUUGAGGCGUAUAAGAAGGCCGCGGCUGAUGCUCCGACAGUGGCUGGCGACCCAUUGCAUGCAUCAACCACAAAGGGCCCUAUUGUAAACAGUGCUCAACAUCAGAAGGUUUUGGAUUAUAUUCGUCAGGGCAAGGAGUGUGGAGCUCGUUUGUUGUUUGGUGGAGAACGCAUUGGUGAGAAGGGAUACUUUGUGCAGAACACCGCAUUUGCAGACGUUGCCGACGACGCAACGAUUAUGCGGGAGGAGAUAUUCGGUCCUGUCGCGAGCAUUGCCAAAUUCUCAACUGAGGCAGAAGUCAUCGCCAAGGCCAAUGAUUCUGCUCACGGGUUGAGUGCUGCCAUCUUUACAAAUGAUAUCAACCGUGCGCAUCGUGUCACCAAGGAGCUGGAGUCUGGACAAGUAACUAUUAAUGCUUGGGCGAUGUUGAGUCCAAAUGUUCCGUUUGGUGGAGUGAAGGAGAGUGGAUUUGGGCGCGACAUGGGCGAGGAUGCCCUCGAGAAUUGGACUCAGGUCAAAGCUGUCAAGUACCACAUUCUUCCUCGACUGUGA